AUGUUUCCUCUAGCUACUCAAGUUACAAGACCUCUAACCAGAAGACUGCAGGCUAGGAGAGAAGCUAGCUCCUUGGUGAAGCGUGCCAAGGGUCUGGGACAACCUGUCAAAGCCAUUCUAACCGACUAUGCUCAAGUAUUUAAAGACUUAUUUAUAUCUGCCCGAAAACACCCUUUCAAAACAACUGUCUACAUAUCUGUUGGGUCUUUAUUGGUAGCCGCAGUGAAGAAGAGGCCAGACUACACCCUCUACCUCAACGAUGUCUUGGUGUAUGGCAAUGAACUGAGCAUGUGCAGUGAAGCAGUGCGAAACCCGUCAGCCGUGAACUACAUUGAUGACAUCAUCACGCACCACUAUGACCGAGGUCUGACGUAUAUAAAUCUCGGGGUGGUUGCUCUAAUUAUGAGGAAAUCUCGUAGUGCUCAUUGUUCGAAUUUCCAUGAGACAUGCUCAUCACUUCAGCCGCGGCUGUGGACGUGUGGAGAGCGUGUGAUGGACGUGGGCGUGUGGGGACACUGGUUGCUAUUGGAUACCAAUCUAAAAGACUUUGACGUCAAUACGGAGCAAUUGUCUCAUUUACCAAAUCAUGAGCAAUAA